UUUUUUCUCCAGUCGGAUGUCUGAGCGGCUGAAGCCCCUGUUGUUCUCUGGAUGCGGGCUGCGAAGGAGGCAGGUCCCUGAGUCCCGCUGGAGGAGGCUCAGUGUCGGAGCAGCCGGGUGGGGAUUGGAGCGGCGCCGCGUCAGUAUCUGGAUCAGCCUCCGCCUCCUGCGCGCGGUGUGUGCGAGUGGAAAGUGAUCCAGACGGUGACGGAGCUUCCCCUCCCGCUCCUCAGCUGCCCGUCACACCGGCACCGCGAGACACCCGAGCCCCGCAGCCGCGCACCUGUGCCCGGGAUGGAGGGAGAGAUGCAGCCCGCGGACGAGGGGCCCUGCGCGCCCAAGAUGUGCCGCCAGGAGCGGGGUCCGUACAGCAGCCUGAAGCCCUUCCAGAGCAAGCGCUCGGCGGGCAAGUCGCGCUUUGACAGGUCGGCUGCGGUGGUGGAGGUGCCUCUGUUUGGCGACGGACAUCACUUCACUUUUCACCCCGAGCAGCCUCAUCAUUUCCAGGCGCACCACAACCACCUCAACCACCAGCAGCACCAGCAGCGUGUGCAGCCGCUCCACCAGACCCCCGUCGCCAUCAGCAGCAGCAGCAGCAUCCAGCAGCAGCAGCAGCAGCAUCAUCACCCGAUGCCCCAGCAGCAGCAGCAGCAGCAUCAGCAGCAGCAUCGCUUCCCAUGUGAGAGCAGGCCCAGCAGCAGGGUCCCCACAUCCACAGCCCCUCUCGGUGCGCAACAGCGGCGCGUCGGCGGAGCGGAGCCCAGAUUGUCUCCAGACUGCAGCUACAGCAUCAGUUCAGAAAACCGUCUCAUCUUGGAUGCCUUCGCUCAGCAGUGCAGCCGAGUCCUCAGCCUCCUCAACAACGGUCGUCUCCUGGAGCCUUCGUCCUCCUUCGGCUCCAACAUCAAGCUGGAGGACGCUCAGGGGCUUCACUGCUCCUCACUGGGGAAGCCCAAACCCGAAGAAAGCUCGUCGACCACGGACCCAGAAGAGGAGGCUCAACAAAGCCAUCUGAACCAACAACAGACCUCUGCUGUUCUCCGCAUCUUCACAGACUCCCUCCAGAGCUAUCUCCUCUCAGGGCCUCAGCAGCAGCAGCAUCCGGCUGCAGGUCUGGAGGACGAGCGGUGUCCGGCGGCAGAGCCCGGUUCAGGGGUCUCUCCUCAGAGACACACCCUGGGAGGCUGGGGCUCGCCCACUCCGUCGGAGUCGUACGGCCACCCGUCGUCCACGCUGCCCGAGGAGGAAGAGGAGGAGGAGAACUGCUGUCCACGCUGCCUGGAGCUGGAGCAGGAGGUUUUGUCUCUGCAGCAGGAGAACGAGGAGCUCCGCAACAAGCUGGAGAACAUUCCAGUUCCCUGUCAAAAUGUUCUCGACUACUUCAAGACUGUUCUGGAGUUUCACAACCAGCUGAUCCAGCCGCUGCCGGAGGAGCAGCUCACAGAGGAAGAAGAACGGCAAACGGUCUUUGAGGGCAGUAAACAGCUCCUGGAGAACUACCCUCUGUUCAUCACUAACAAGCAGUGGGAUGAAGCCGUCAACUCCUCCAAGAAAGAUGGCCGCCGGCUGCUGCGCUACCUGAUACGCUACGUCUUCACCACGGACGAGCUGAAGUUCUCCUGUGGUCUGGGGAAGAGGAAGCGUUCAGUCCACUCAGGGGAGCCGGGCCUGGAGAGACGACCGCUCAACCCCGUCAAAGUCAGCUGCCUCAGAGAGUUCAUCCGAAUGCACUGUGCCUCAAACCCGGACUGGUGGAUGCCGUCAGAGGAGCAGAUCAACAAAGUGUUCAGUGACGCCGUCGGCCACGCUCGCCAGGGCCGGGCCGUCGGCACGUUCCUCGGCAGCAGCGGCAGCAGCACCAGCAGCCUCUACAUGGACAGCUUUGAAGGACACCUGUCGCAGGACGAACUGUAUUUAAAAGGCUGCCAGAACGGCCAAUCAGAUUGAAGGUGAACGGGAGGAGCGAAAAGACAAAAUGGCAGAGAUGUAGCUGUACGACAACACAUAUCCCACAACACUGACCUUAUCCUGUCACUUUACACAGUGAAGAAAACAUUCCAGAAGUUUCUCAUACAGAAAAUAACGACUUUCCUCUUUUCAAAUAGUUUUCUAGCUUUUUGCCAUUUUUAUACCUAAACUUUUGUUUAGUGAAAAUCUGACUCUUGAGGUGCAUUUUAAAUUGAACAGAUUUUUAGUCUUCCAUUUACUGCUUUGUCUAUGGUUUGAAUUUUGAGCAGUUGUGUGACUUUCAAUGGGAAAUCUCUGUUUAUUUCAUUUGGAGGGAGUGGAGGUUGUUUUGCGCACACAGGUUGUUUAAUUUUUCAGGAAGCUGUUUGUGUUAAGACUCGUUACGUCCCUCAGUGACAUUUCACCCUCCAUCACCUCCGUCAUGGUAAGUAGCAUUUAAUACUUUCACGCAAACUUCUGCGUCAUCUGCGAAGCACUUUUACUUUACCCCUCUACAGGAGUGCCUCUGAGAAAGUUCUGUUCUGUUGCCUGUAGUUUUGCACUUUGCAUCCACAUGUUUGUCUUCAUUUGAGCCACUUCUGACAUGUACAAGUUUAUUUCUAAAACAGAAAAAUGCAGUAUUUUACGAAUGCAAUUUCCCCUGGGCUGAAAAAAACUUCCUACGACUGUACAAUGUUUUUUAUUUGCUUUCCAGAAUAACUUCACACAAAAGUUUUAUAAUUUGCUUCUGAGAAUUCCUCCCUUCUGCAAAGGCAUCACGACGUCUGCUGAAUCAGUUUGUGUUUGUAAGUGAUGUAACGCUGAUAUUUGCUCCUUAUUAUGAUCAACUUCUUAUUCGUUAAAUUAGAUGAAGAAAACUGUUGAAAACCAAAAGAAAAAACAAAACUUUAUUGCUUUAUUUAUCAUUUACAUCGGGACACACUAAGGUUUGAAGGAAUACAACUGAAGUCUGAGCAGAAUUUACUAUAUUUUAGAAACACUCCCUUCUUACCUUGUUGCAGCGCCCUGAUAAAACUCGGGAUUGUCGAACGUUAAAUUUUGGUUUAAAGCAGCUGCCAUAUUAAUAAUGCUCUAAACCUCCACAAACAACAAAAAACAUCCACGUCUGAACGAUUACAUGUUGAAAAACUGAGCACCUCUUUCUUCCUGAUGCUCUCAUUUGCACUUUUAUGCGUCUCAUUGUCCAUGAGCAGAAUUGUAGCAUUUCAUUUGUUUCUUUACGUUCAUUUUUAGUUUUCUCCCUCAGUAACAUUGUUUUCUACGUUUUGAAUGUAGCUGAUUUCUCGGGUCAGUUUGCCACGUUGACAGUGCUGUGUACAAUGUGUAUUAUAAAGUACAGUUCUUGUGUGAGGUGUCUCUCUCUCUCUUUAAUAAGCCAAGUAGAAAAGUGCCACAGAAACCUUAAAGCAGUUGGAUUCUGUUGUUGUGUUGCUGUGCUGAAUGUGAGCGUUUCUUUGUAUUUACUCCUCAAAGUUUAACAACACUGUGAAACAUCAUUUUUACAGAUAUGAUACUUUGUUUUUUUUAUUUAUGAUAAAUAAAAUGAAUUAUGAAGCUGGAAA